UUUUUAUAGAUUCGGGUAAAGCCAACCAACCACCCAACCCAUUUCUUCUUCUUCUUCUUCGUCUUCUUCAAUAUUCUCCGCCAAAAAGCCAGAAGAGAGUGAGUGAGAGAGAGAUGGAUAGCGACAUUGAAGAAUCGCAGAAGAAAAAACUUAGAAAGAGCUCGUAUUCCGGAGGGGACUAUUCUCGCAAGUGUGAUGUCUGGGGGGAACUAUUGCGGCAACUUGAGCAGUUUCCCCGACGUCCCUAUGACAUAAUGGGAGAAUUGACUUUUAUACAAGAUGAUGAUAUCCGUUUAGAGACUACACGAGAUAGAUGGGCUAAGCUUCUAUGUUGCUUCACAGUUUUUGAUGCUCUCAAACGACAUGGGGUGUUAGUAGAGCGUCUUUCCAGGGAUUCUGACAAGAUGAUUUUUGAGCGUCUACAAAAUGAAUUUGAAGCAGCUCGAUCUUCUCAAACUCAAGAGAUUUGUUUAGAUGGAGAAGAGUGGAAUGAUGGGCUAUUAGCUACCAUAAGAGAACGGGUUCACAUGGAGGCAGACAGAAAGGCAAUGUCGGGAGACACAAAUGAUUUGGCAAGUCCUCUUGUUCAGGAAAAAAUUACGUAUAAAGUUGGAAGUAAGGUGAUUUGCUGCUUGGAAGGGGCAAGAAUUGGAAUACAAUAUGAGACAUCUUUUGCAGGAGAACCUUGCGAGUUGUAUCAUUGUGUGCUUGAGAGCAAGUCAUUUCUUGAAAAGAUGACUGUCUUGGAACACACACUUCCAUUUUUUUUGCCAAUAAAGGAAGCAGAAAAUGAUCUUCUUUCAUCAAAUGCUAUGAAAUUUAUAGAUUAUAUUGGAGAACUUCUACAGGCUUAUGUGGAUAGACGGGAGCAGGUUCGACUUGUGAAGGAAUUGUAUGGAAACCAAAUUGGAGAACUUUAUCAUAGCCUGCCCUACCAGAUGAUUGAAUUUUCACUAGAUGACUUUGAUUGUAAGGUAACUAUUGCACUUGGAUAUGUGGAUCCUGUCUCUGUACUUCCUUCUCGUAUCAAAGUACAAGCAUGGCCAGUGCAACAAUCGAAGAAAAACAGUUCGAAUACGAGUAGAAAGGAAAAUGAAAUUACUGAAGGUCAAACUGGUCCAGUUCGCCUGCUAUAUGCCGAGGAUGCAUUACGAACUAUGAGUCUACCAGAAGCUUAUGCAGAGAUUGUGCUGAAUUUGCCUCGAGCUCUGCAGCAAAUAUUUCAGCAGAGGGCUUCCACUACUUAAGUACUGCUUCUCUCUCUCUCUCUCUCUCUUCUUCUAUAAUGGUUGAUUUAUUGGACUCCAGAGAUCUUAAAGAAAAUUAUCAUGAAAAUGAGAUAUAUAGCAUUACUCGUCUAUUCUAAAUUAAAAAAAAAAAGUUAUUCUUAUCACCUUUUCUGUAUGUAUAUAUAUUAGAAACAUAUGACUUUAGUUUUGUUACUGUCACUGACUAUUUGUAUCACACUGUUUGAACAUAUUGAUAUGACUUCAAUAUCAAUAACCCAAUGGUUUACAUUUUUACAUAAAGAAUGAAAUUAUUGUGUACUA